CACCUCGCCCUCUAGAAGUUCCUUCACCAGCCAUUUCCGCUCCGCCGUAGUCCGUCCGCCGACUCUUCCCGCUCCCCGCCUUCUCCCGCGCUCCCCGUGACGCCGCCUCGCUACAAGCCAUUGCUUAUUUCUCGCUCGCUGCUGCUUUCGGUUUCCAGAUCCGUUUGGAUCUGGACGAGAAACCGCGAUAAGAGCAACUGCAGACUGCCGGUCCGUCGCUUCACCGCUGGCUCACCCCGAUCGUGACAGUCUCGCUUACCCGUUGUGAGCAGUCUCGCGUACCCGCUGUAAGCCGUCUCGUUAGAAGCACAUGGCGGGGGAGUACGGCCGGGAGCCGUGCCCGGAUCGCAUCCUCGACGACGUGGGCGGCGCGUUCAGCAUGGGCGCAGUGGGCGGCGCGGCGUGGCACUUCAUCCGCGGGGCCAAGAACUCCCCACGGGGGGAGCGCCUGGUGGGCGGAACGCAGGCGGUGCGGAUCAACGCUCCGCGCAUCGGCGGGAGCUUCGCGGUAUGGGGCGGGCUGUUCUCGACGUUCGACUGCUCGCUGGUGUAUCUGCGGCAGAAGGAGGACCCCUGGAAUUCCAUCGCCGCGGGUUUCCUCACCGGCGGGUUUCUGCAGCUGCGCGCGGGCCCGCGCUCCGCGCUGCAGUCCGCGGUGUUCGGCGGAGUGCUGCUGGGGCUGAUCGAGGGCGCGGGCAUCAUGCUCAACCGCAUGACCGCCGCGCUUCCGCCGCCCCCGCGCGACGAGCCCCCUCCCGCACAGGUCCAGCAGCCUGUGAGCAUGCCGGUACCCGUUCAACCCGCCGCUCUCCCCGCUGCCGCCGCCCCGACCCUGUCUGCCCAACCUGAGCUCGUCAGCCCCGGCGCGGGUGGCGCUGUGACGUUGCCGAACGUGGAGCCUAGCCUCGGAUCUGGCCCGGCGGUAGUGCAGACUGGUCCGGCUGUGUCAGAGAGUGGGCCGUCGUCAGGCUGGGGAGGGUGGUUCUCGUGGGGGAGUGGCGAGGGGGAGAAAGGCGCGCAAGGGGGGAGCAGCAGCAGCAGCAGCAGUGGCGGGAUGAGCGGAGGGGAGAAGCAUGAUGUGUUUGCGGCUAACCCGCCUCCUAAAGCGCCUGAGUUUGCUGCUGGGGGUGAUGACUCGUGGUUGAGACAGAAGUGAGUAGGGAACAUGGUAAGCAGGGGUUCAGUAGGUGCUGGGGUGUGCUUCCUUCCAGCUACCAAAUAGAUUUCUAUCAAAGCCAAUUGGGCUGAUUUUUGGUUUCGGUUAGGUAGUUACACAAACAUUGAAGAGGGGGAGGAACAGAAUUGACCACCCUGCAGUACAUGCUGGAAUAUGAC